AAGAAGUGGGGAGGGUAGGUUAACUUGUAAAUUAAGUGGUCGAAUACGUGACCGAAAUCUCAACAAGACCACCCAAUUUGCAAAUAUGUAACGGCCGGACUAAACCUUGGAUAAUAUUUCCGAAUGGAAAACAUGAAAUUCCCUAUAAGAAGCACAAAGAAGCUGUGUUUUUACGCGGCGUUGUUGGUGUCGCUUACGAGCGACCUGGCAAUGGGAGCCUCGUUCUAUGGCGAUGGCUAUGUGCAGCUGAAGACAGUGGAGUCGUCGAACCGUAACUCCCUGCGUGUUCGUUUCCGUACCUCCAGCCCCCGCGGCCUGCUCUUCCUCGCAGCCGGCCACACAGACUACCUUCUAGUGGAGCUGAAUGCUGGUCGCCUGCAGGUGAAGCUGGACCUGGGGUCUGGUGAGAGGUUGCUGAGAUCAGAGAGCAGCACCCAACUAAACGACCUGGCCUGGCACACUGCUGAGCUCCUCCACGACCGCCAUAAUGUCACCCUAACUAUGGACCAGUACUCCCACACCAGCCUCAGGAUGCCUGGGCACUGGUCUCAGAAGCAGGAUCUUACCAUCCAGGAUGGGCUAUACGUCGGUGGGUCUGGAGGCCUGGACAAGCUCUACCUACCCAAUGACCUAACAGGAUUCAGGGGGUGUGUGGACCAGGCUGUUUUCAACGAGAACAAUAUGUUAUCGUCGUUGAGACCGUACGCUGGAUUCAAGACUGUCUAUGAGGUUUCUUUGGGCUGUAGUCCCCAGUUCUUUGCCGGCGAGGAGGAUCCUGUUAGUUUCUUUAGUUCAAGAGCGUAUGUCUCCCUGCCACCCUGGAACGUCUCCCACAACCAGCAAGAGGGGCUGUUUGAGUGUGUGGUUCACACCUCGGCUAAAGAGGGGAUUGUCUUGUACAACUCGGCCAGACAAGGGGACUUUGUGGCAGUUGAAAUCCAAGAGGGGCUGCUGGUGGCCAUCGUGGGUAAAGGAGGCACCAAGACAGAACUUAAAUCCCUCACCUUUGUCAAUGACAGGAACUGGCAUUCAGUGAAGAUGUUCUUUACCCCCAAGACCCUACAGCUGACAGUGGACAAGGAGACGGUGAAGACUAGCAUCAGCUCUCGCUCCAAGGGACUUCAGCUAAGAGGGUCGCUGUUUGUGGGGGGCAUUGAUGACAGCACACGUUCAGAAGUCAGGAAGAUGGGUCUGGUGUCUGUGUUGGGAAACAGAGUCCGAGGAGGUUCUUUUAAGGGCUGCCUGAAGGACAUGAAAGUCAAUGGGGUCAUGAUGGGUCUGCCUAAUGCUGUAGUCACUAAAGAUAUAUCAGUGGGCUGCGAGCCGGAGAAAGAACCAGAGCCCUCGACCACGAUGGGUCCAACUACUAUCCCGACUGUCCCCAACUCCCGGUUCGAUCCCACUUCGGUCACCCCUACCCCAGAAUUCCCUAUGUUCACUCUGGCCAGGGGGCUGGACAAGAAGUACGGGGACAACUUCGUGCUGCUCAGGAACCUUGUAGUCUCAGAGGGCGGACGUGGGUCUCUAGAGUCCAAGCACAUCAAGGUGCUCCUGGACUUCAAGAAGCUCGGGGUACGCCAGUCUCAGAUCAUGUUCCGGAUCCAGGAGCAGCCGGUGCACGGUCAGAUACGAUUGGAUGUGGACCAGGACCAAGAGGAGAACAUCUUUAGCAUGCUGGACCUGUGGCACGGCAGGGUGAUGUACAUCCACGGAGGAUCAGAGGACCCAGAAGACUUUUUCACUUUCUCUAUAUUCUCUUCCUCCAGGAAGGAGGUUCCCACAUACCUGCAGGGGACGAGAAGGUACCGCUACAACAUCACAGUGACCCCCACCAAUGAUGCCCCAGAGCUCAGCCUGCCCCAGGGGAACCUUUUCGUCCUGUUGGAGAAUUCUAGAAAACUCCUAAACAAAGAGGUGUUGAAAGCCACAGACAUUGACAGCAACCACACCAACCUGGUCUUCUCCAUCCUGGGGAACCUGAACCCUGACGCUGGUUAUCUGGAGGUGGGAGAUAACCCCGACACUGCAGUGACCACGUUCUCCCAUUCUGAUCUGGAGGAAGGGAAGGUGAACUAUGUCCACACUGGGGUGAGGAACUCCAGGAUCGUGCUGAGGGUCAGUGAUGGAGACAAGGUGAGCAACACGGUGGUUCUGAGGAUCAUGGCCAUAGGUUUGGAGUAUAAGAUCGCCAACAACACUGGGCUUGAGAUCAUUCAAGGUGAGGUAGCUGUGAUCAGUAACAAGCACCUGGCCAUUCAGACCAAUGCCAUGAAUCAAGUGGUGGACAUCCGAUAUGAUGUCGUCAAGCCACCUCAGUAUGGAGAACUUCAGAGGCUUCACUCCAGCGGAGAAUGGAAGCCCACCGGUUCUUUCUCUCAAAGGCUGCUGGAGAAAGAACGCCUUCGGUACCUCAGCACUUUCCAAGAAAUCCAGACAGCCACUGCUACGGAUGACUUCAAAUGCAAGGUCACUGUAGCAGGAAGAGUUGAUACUGAACUGGUCUUUCCAGUCACAGUGAAGUGGGUACAUUAUAACCUAGUCAGGAACUUAAUGGCCGAUAUUAAUAAAGUUCGGAAAGUGACGUUGGACUCACAGUAUCUUUAUGCCACAGUGGACGUUGUGACACUAUCCGAGGAUGAUCUUCACUUCAGAGUUCUCUCCUCGCCGAAGAAAGGACAACUUCUCCUUGUUAACGAGUUAUUGAAGAAAAAUUCAACUUUCAGCCAAAGAAAUGUCACUGAUCUAAAAGUUGUAUAUGAACUGGUCGACAGACCAUACGAAGACACAAGUGACACGUUUAAAUUCCAAGUGUUCUCCAAGCAUGCUCAAUCACAAAGUUACGAUUUCCAGAUCUCAAUAAAAGCUGACGUCAACAGCGUAUUUAUAAGAAAUCACAAACUAUCUAUAAUGGAGGGAGAGAGUAAACUCAUCACAAAGGCCGAGUUGUUUGCAGAGACACUCAGCACCAAGGAGCUGUACUACACCGUUACAAGUAGCCCCAAACACGGGAAGCUAGCACGCAUCAACCUGUCCAACUCUAACGCCAGUUACAACAACAUCCUAACGUUCAGCAACCAGGAUCUCUUGGAGCAGUGCGUCAUGUACAUCCACGACGACACAGAGACCACUCAGGACCAGUUCACAUUCAUAGCCUCCACUAGUCAGGAGUCCAAAUCCUCCGUCACGGACGAUGAAGUCGGAUCCAAAGAAGGGACGUUUAACAUAUCCAUCCAGCUAGUUAAUGACGAGAAGCCGGUGCGCGUUGUCGAUAAAGUUUUCCAUGUGGUGAGGGAUGGGCAGCGGUUGCUCACCCUGGACGAUCUAUGUUACCAUGACGCAGACUCGGACUUCAGCGACGGGCAGUUGGUCUACACGCGACGGGGAAUCCCGAUGGGAGACCUGGUUCUGGUGAACGACACCUCUCACAGGCUGUUCCAGUUCACCCAGAAGGAGCUGGAAGAGAAGAGAGUGUUGUUCCUCCAUCGAGGCGUGAACUCCGGACGCUUCGUGCUCUUCGUGUCUGACGGGAAACACUUAGUCUCCACUCUGCUGGACGUCAGCGCCCACGACCCAUUCCUGAGCCUCGGCAACAACACUGGUCUGUUGGUCCAGAAGGGAAAGGAAGUGACCGUAACCACCGGUAACUUCAGCGUCCUCACGAACCUCAAUGUCCGUGAUGACAGCGAAGUCACCUACAAGGUGUCCGAGCCUCCUAAGAACGGCUGGCUGUAUCGCCACGGAAACAUCUCAGUGGAGUUUACACAGCAUGACCUGAAGAAGGGCCUCGUCUCGUAUCGCCAUGAUGACAGCAAGAACCUGGCGGAUUGGUUCAGUGUCACGGUUAAGGUUAAAGGUCAUGUCCUGAAUGCCAGAAUCAACAUUAAGGCUUACCUGGAGAGCCAUCAGAGGCCCCCUAUCCUCCAGCACAACAACACCUUACUGGUGGAGGAGAGCAAACCUGUGAAGAUUGACGGGAGUAGACUGGAGGUGACCCACGAGGACAACCUGCCAUCUGAGAUUGUAUUUACAGUGAAGGUGGCUCCGCUACACGGGUUCCUGCGGCGCUUCGUGGAGGCUGAGGACCAGUAUGUUGGAACUGGACAGACCCCCGUCCAGACCUUCUCCCAGGAAGACGUCAACGCUGGCAACAUCCAGUACAUGCAGACGACCCCCAGCCAGGUCAACGACACAUUCCUAUUGGACGUCUCUAACGGUGUCACAGAGGUCAACAGUAUCAGGAUAUCCGUGGACAUAAUCCCCCGCCUCAUCCCUCUCCAGGUGUCCAAUUUCACCCUGAGAGAGGGCGGGGCCAAGGCCUUGACACAGGAAGUGCUCAGGGUCACCAACCGACACUUCUCUGGCCUCAACUUCCUAUACAGUUUGACUGAGCCGCCGCAGAACGGAUAUAUUGAACAUUCACGUUACCCCGGUGUUCCUGUGCUCUCUUUCACCAGACGCCAGGUGGAGCAGGAGUUAAUCUACUACAUACAUGACAGCAGUGAGACGUUAGAAGACAACUUCACUGUGGUGGCCAACGACACAGGCCUGAGGAAACAGAGCUCUCCCUGUACCGUGUACAUCCAGGUCACAGCCGUCAACGACCAGCAUCCAGUCAUCACCGCCAACAGGGUUCUCAGGGUGUGGGUGGGGUCGGUCACAGAGAUCCGCUCUGACGUCCUGGAUGCCCAGGAUGAGGACACGCCCCCUGAGGAGCUGCAGGUGAUAGUGACUCCGCCCUCUAAUGGCCACCUGGCGCUGAAGAGCGCCCUCGCCAGGCCGCUCCUGAACUUCACCCUGCAACACAUCCAUCUGGGACAGCUGCUGUUUGUCCACAGUGGUGCCAUGUCUGGAGGGUUCAACUUCCAGGUGAACGACGGAGUGAACUUUGCCCCCCGACAGAUCUUCAGCAUCACAGCCAGCGCCCUGGUCCUCAGCCUGGAGAUUAACAGACCUCUCAAAGUGUUCCCAGGCUCUACUACACCAAUCACCAAGGAGGACCUGCAGGCGUUGACCAAUGACAAGAGCGACACAUCCAACCGCACCAUUACCUUCAACGUGAUUCGUCGACCAAAACUAGGCAGACUGGUGACAGUGCUGGCUGAUAAUUUCACUGUUGACGUCUCUUCCUUCACACAGACCAUGGUGGACCAGCAGGAGAUUCUGUACAUCCAGAGUCUUGUGGCGUCGGUUGGCUGGUCCGCUAUGGACUCAAUGACCUUCUCAGUGUCCUCACCUCCAGCUUCUCUAGAGAACGAGACCUUCCGGAUGGACAUCUCCUACGAGAAUGCUGGACCCGACCGCAAGACUCUGCUCCUCGCUAACACAGGUGCUGUGGUGACCGAGGGUGACCACAUCGUCAUUGACAAGUCCAAGCUGGAUGCGUCUAACCUGAUGUCCAAGCUGCCCACACCCCAGCGCAGCUCUCACGAGAUCUGGUUCCAGGUAAAGUCUCUACCCCAGCACGGGGUCAUUGUGGUGGGAGAGAGGAACCUCACUGUGGAGAAACCCAACUUCUCCCAGUACAUCCUCAACAAGUAUGGCAUCACAUACCGGCACGACGACUCCGAGACACUCCACGACCACUUUGUCUUCGACACCUGGCUGAACCCCAAGGGUAAGCCGGCCCAGCGCCCUCUGGAAGACAGCCAGGUUCUGGAGGAGUGGUUCAACAUCACGGUGAUCCCAGUCAACGACCAACCGCCCGUUCUGAAGACCAAAGCCCCCAGCCUGAGUGUGGUGCAGGGGGACACAGUGGCCCUGGGGCCGGAGAACCUCAAUGUGGAAGACUUGGACAACCCUUCAGAGGAUAUCCAGUACACUGUUGUCAGCAAGCCCAACAACGGCUAUCUGGCCCUGGGAGGAAGCCUGAACGAGUCUGUGGUGUCCUUCACUCAGGCUCAGAUCAACAGUGGGAUGGUGUACUUUGUUCACGAUGGAGGCCGGGCUUCUGGGGUGUUUUAUUUUAGUGUUUCCGAUGGCCAUCACAAACCGGUCUAUAAGCUCUUCAACCUCGAGGUGACGGAGAUCACCAUCUCCCUUGUCAACAACACUGGGCUGGCUCUGGAGCAGGGACAGACGUCCGUGGUUUUAACCCAGGAGAGUCUGUUGGCAGAGACCAACGGAAAAAACACAACGGUUCACUACCGGAUCACCGCUGCGCCGCGGUACGGCAAGAUCCUCCGGCUGAAUGACCAGGAGGUUUGCCAGUUUGAGCAGGAGGACUUAAGGACGGGUAGGUUGUUUUAUCACAUGACGACCCUCACGUCUGGUCAGGACAGCUUUGAGUUCACUGCGUUUACAUCGGAAGCUAACCUGACAAACCAGGUUGUCAACAUCACGGUUAAGCCCCUGGUCAGGUUUGGCGAGGGGGUGAGAAUAUCCAAUGGCAUCGUGGUCAAACUCAACACUGGUUUCCUCAACGCAACUGAGCUGGCUUCUCUAUCCGUCAGCGACCCUUUCUUCGUGGUCGUCUCUCAUCCAAAGUAUGGAAAGCUGGUCCGAGGAAAACCCAAAGCUGGUAAGAAAACCGAGCCACUGGGGUCUUUCUCCUUUCAGGAUGUGAAGCAGGAGAGGCUUUCCUUCGAGCUCAACGCUAACAUGACUGGAGUGCAGGAGCUGAACGACUCGUUGGUGUUCAUUCUGAAAGCGGAGAACGUCCCACCUGCCAGGGGAGAGUUCCGGUUCACUAUCGUUCCGUAUGAUCCAUCGCUAGUUCUAACCACCAAGAGUCCCAUCCUGACCACCAGCAGUCCUUUCUCUCAGCCUCUGAACCAAACGACAGUGUUCGGUGUUGGGACGGCACUACCCUCCCUGUCCACCUCCCUCCUUUCCACACAGAGACCCAGCAAGACCCACCACAAGUUCAAAGCUCGCAACCGCUGGGGGAACACCAACCGGAACGACUCGGCAGGUGCAGAUACUACUCUGGGCAAGCCCACCCUGAGUAAAGGAGACGACAAUGAGAUUUCCUUUGUGAAUACACCGGUCCGAGUAGAGUCAUACCCACAGAAGUCUUCCAACCUGAUAUUGGUGACCCUACCUCUCCUGGCCAUGCUCUUAUUGGUUAUCAUCCUGGUGGUGCUGGUUAUCCUGCUGCGACGCAACAGGAAGAGGAAACAGAAACCUGUCACCUCGAAGCCGCCACCCUCACCCUCGCCCUCAACCCCACCGGCCUAUAACGGCCAGUCGCAGAGGAGCGUGGCUGUUCCCACGGUAACGGUGACCCCACUGAGCCCCAGUAGCCCUGCCCUGGACAGGCUGCUUCCUUCAGCCAAUCAGGGCUUAGUUAGCAACUCCACAUCACUGCUACUUUGCUCGUGGAACGGUGUAGAUCCAGAGAGUUCAGCCCAGCUCAUUAGGACCACACCCCCCACUCUACAGCAGAACCAAUACUGGGUAUGACUCUGUAGCUGCUGCCACCUAGGGGAGGGAUGGGGAAGUGGACUGUCUACCCUGUACACUAACAUCCAUCCCCACCAAACCCACUCAUCGUUACACUGUAAACCAUGACACUACUGUACUAUUUGUUUUGUGAUAUAAUCAAAGCAUUUUCUACUGAAGCUAAGCACAAUCAGCACUGGGAAUAACAACCACUAUCUCCACUUUGCAACAUAAUUAGUACUGGUAAUAACAGUAUUGCUAUUGCAGAAGUUAUCCCUCCAAACACGACCCAGUGUGGGGUUUCAAACAAACCGUAAUGUGUGGACAUUGCACUGCACAGCUCUAGUGUAAAUUGCAUUUUUUUAAAAAGAGAGAAUAGAAUAUAAUUUAAAAUUGAAUUCAACUUUAUAGUACAAUUGGUUAGAACCGAAUGUGUCUUCUGUCUUUCUCAACCCCCCCGUAUACACAAGUGCAGUGUGAUGUUGGCUCAAUGUGAAUCCUAGCCGUAUUGACUCUACAAUACUAUACAUGUUAAUAUUGAUGUUUGCUUGCAUGGUUACUGGGUUGACGUAUCUUCCAUUAAGUCUCAUUGGAUUAUUAUGAGCAAUGAUCACCGUAGUAGUUCAGACAGGAAACACAGCGUAGAAAUGUUGUUCCACCAUUUAUUAAAGAAGGAGUAAUGCAAGUCUUGGCGAUAUAGGCUCUGACUUUCGGGGUUUUAGCUCAAAGCCCAAGCAAAGCGUCAAUAUAUAAGAUGACCUACAAGCAGUGAGCGUGGUUAAACGAUACCCCCAGCUGGAAAACAGAAAAAGGAAGUAGAGACUCAAAACACAUGAACUAUAAAAGGCUGGCGAGGGAAGGACGGCUCAUGACUAGCAGUGGGUAUCACAGGCGGCUGGUGGCGUCUUAAUUAGGGAGGAUGGCUCAUAACAAUGGCUGGAAUGGCGUAAAUGGUAUCAACCACUCUGAAACUCUGUGUUUGAUUCCAUUCCAUUAACUUUGUUCCAGCCGUUAUGAGCCGUCCUCCCUAAUUAAGGCGCCACCAGCCGCCUGUGAUACUCACUGCUAGUAACCAUGUAUUCAUCCAAGAUUUUUUUUUUACUAAAAUAACAUUGGACCCAUGACACCUUUAGGCCUUUUCAUUCUUUUCACUCCGGUGUGCAUUUCAGCCCCUCUCUGCUCCAUGUCUCAAAGCCGUAGAGAACAGAUCUCGCUUGUAAAGUAGUUGUUAUUUAGCUGAAUAUUGAGAGUUGAAAAAUACAAAUUAUACCUACAGAAAGCUGGGACCCUCCUCUCCUCAACAUGAACAAGGGGACGAAGCUUCCAAACUUGUUAUCCCGCAAUUGCAUUUUGAAAUAUCAUAUGAUCAGAACAUGUUUUUCUCUCGAGCGCAUGAGGGGAAAGGUAGCCUAGUGGUUAGAGAGUUGGUUCCCCGGUAGGCCGGCAUUGUAAAUAAGAAUUUGUUCUUAAAUGACUUGCCAAGUUAAAUAAAAGUUAAAUAAAAAGAUAGGGGAGCAACAUCACAGCAGCAGGCCCCCAGUGAGGAUAGAGCGGCAGGGAAGACACUUUCAUUACAGGACUCAAGAGGAUAACGCACUUUACUGUUUGACCAAAUCAUGGUUUUAGCCACACAAAAUAGGAUGUUAUGAGAGAGGUGACAACGUCUUUCUACAUUUAUAGGCUCCCUUUUUAUUUUUAUUAUCCAUGAUAUCGGCUAACUGAUGAUGGAGUCUACGCAGGUCUCUUUGCUGAUGACGCGUUUGACUUUCAAUGUGAGUUUGAGUGACUUCAUCUCAGCCUGAGGAAACCGGGCCGUUGCCCGCUGAUCAGCCAAAUGCUACUUUAUAGUUUAACAGAGAAAUUGCGAGAAAAAAUAUAUAGAUUUUGAAAAAUAUUUAACAGGCCCAUUGGCUACCGGCCAUGUCAACUUCUCUAUUGUUUUAUUUGUAUAUAUACAGUAUAUGAAGAACAAAAAAAAUUGUGUGUCAAUUUCUUCCACCCCACCCAACUAAAGAUGGUCCAGCCCAUCUGGCAUUUGCCAGAAUUGCCAGAUGGCCAAUUCGCCCCUAUUACAAUAUUACUUUUGGUACGUUGUGGUACUCACCUUAGACCAGUGGGAGAAGUGCAUGCAUAUAUUCAUGGUUUCCUGAUUUCUUGUGAUCAAGGGAUGUCGCCUUACCACUCUCUUGUAUUGGUGUAUAUAUUUAAUUUUAUGGUAUUUUAUAUAUUAAAACUCAUUCUUCCUACAGUG